CUCAACUGGAACCGUCCGGAUCGAAAAAAGUACACGCCGAAAAAGCCACAAAGCCAAAAGCAUGUUGACCGAGGCAGCACGGUCAAUCCAAAAGUGGACGCCGGAGGAGGAGUGCAUAUUGGCGUCGGCUUGGGUUGACGUCUCUGAGCAUCCUAUCAUUGGUUAAAAAUUUAUUUUUUGUAAUAUAUUUAUGUUUUUAUUUUUAUAUAUUAUAUUUAAUGGUGUCUAAAAAAAUUGUGUAAUAUAUUUUUAAAGGUACGGAGCAAACGAAGGAUGCGAUGUGGGAUCAUAUCGAGGAGAAGUUCUUCACGGCGAUGAAGAAGGACGGCUCCUACCGAACCCGGGACCAACUCACUUCCAAAUGGAGCCACAUCAACAAAAAACUCCGAAAGUUUAUGGGAGUUUACGAGGGAUGCUCCCGGUCCCGGAGGAGCGGCACGAACGACGCCGAUGUUCUCCGGCUUGCCACGACCCAGUAUCAAGACGACGAGAACCAAGGCAAGGUGCCCAUCGAUCUUUGGAGGACUUUGAAUCGUUCCCCGAAGUUGCAACAACUCAACAAUCCCGACGGGGGAUCGUUCCGGAAAAGAUCCACCGUCGACGCCGAGGUUGAGGUCGACGAGACUAUCGGUUCUAGCGAUCAAAUCCCUCUCUUCAACGUUGCGGAUUCCGAUGACGAAGACCCCACUCCACGGCCGAUGGAAAGAAAGAAGGCAAAAUCCAUUGCCUCGGGUUCGGGAGGGUCCGCCUCUGUUUCCGCUUCUCCUCGCGACGAAAUCGGCCGGGCAAUGAUUGAACAACUUCGAGCGUUCAAUCUCCAAGAACAAGAGAGGUUGAAGCUAAAAGAGAAGGAGUUGAAGCUAAAGGAGCAGGAGGCUGAGAUGAAAGUCAUGCAAACCGACCCCGGGACGUUGUCGGAGUUUGGACGAAUGAUCUAUGAGCAACGAAUGAAAGAGAUCAAGGAGAAAUAUAAUUUACCUUAGUUUUUUUUAUUAAUGUAUCUUUUUUUAAAUUAUUGAUGCUUUUUUAUUUAAUGAAUGUAUUUUUUAUUAUUCGUGUUUCAAUUUAAUUAAAUAAUAAAUUAAUUACAUUUUAUUAAUUUAAUUUUAGAAGAUGUAUAUUUAAAAAUGUAAAAAAUGAAGGUUUGAAGCCCAA